AUGACGAUCCAAUCGCCGUCGUCGUCAUCAGAAUUUUGCCAACCAGACGAAAGCACGUUUCUUGUUGGUUUCAAUAGAGUUCGGCGAUAUGGAACAACACAAAGUCAAUCAUCCCCUGCCACCCCGUGCUCAUAUACAAUUUAUCAAGUUCAGCCCGAUGAUACUCUUGAAAGGAUAGCAUUGAAGCAUAAUUGUUCGGUUUCCUCUCUCGUUCGUGCGAAUAAGUUGUGGUCGCCCAGCGCACUGUUCAUGAAACAAUUUAUUCGAAUACCUAUUUUUAAUUCUCAACACCCACCACAGCCUAAUUUGCGACUAUCUUCGCAAGAGAAACAGUGCAAAAAUGUGCCUGCCACUACUGAACGGGUUGAUAAGGGUCUUCUUCUUGAGUGGGUUGCGGUGGACCUUUGGAAGCACUGGGUUCUUCUUUGGUGCUCUGAUAGCCUUGACGACCUCCUCGGAACGGAUGAUGCGGGAGAAAUCGGAGUUGGCCAUGAUUGGGAGUGGGACAGACCAUCCCUUCUUGAGUUGAGAAGAGUUGGCAACAGUGGUUCCGUAGAUGGUGUCGAGCUUCUUGAAUGCGGACUCAGUCCAGAUGAUAAGACGUCCAAGAUGUCCUCCUGGGGCGAGCUUGAGAAGGUUAAGUCUUUCGACGUUCAAGACAUCGACUCCUGGGAUGUUGCGGAAAGCACGAGCGCACUCAGCAUCUUGACCGUAGAUGACAACUGGUCCGAGCUUUUGCUUGUGUUGACGGUUGCGGAGCUUUCCCUUUCCAGCGCGGUUUCUCUUCGAGUUGUAGACCUAAAAUCACUAUCGUAG